AAGACCAUAGGAACGGAAAUUAAGAAACCGUUUCUGACGGACUGAUAUUGUAGUUGUUACUUCCAGUAGACUGAUGCAAUAGCCAGCUCCAGACGUGCGAUCUCCUUUAUUGUUCAAUGUUGUGCGUUCAUGCAAACAAAUACCACACACAACGCAAUAACCUAUGUCAAAUACUGCCAUUUGAUCCAUCACAUCUUCAGAUGAUGUUGUAAGGGAUAUCACUGCUUACCUGAAAGUACUAUUAAAGAAAAGCUUGAAAGGAUUCACAUCGACCAUGCCUGAUUCUCUAACCGGAAUCAAUGUACAUAUUUGUCCGCCAGUAGAACUGAGAAUUUAACAAGGUUGACAGAGGUGGUAAUCUGCAACAAAUUGGUCCUUCGAGCCGGAGACUGGCAACAGCAAACAAUAUGGACACUGCAGCUAGUGAUACAGCGGAGCCUGUGGUCAGACCCAAGAGACAAAGUAAACCACCUUCACAUCUGAGUGACUAUGAGGUUGGCUACAUACCUCCAGUGGACCCUCCUCCAAUCUCUUCUUCUCGCUGUCACAGCCAACAUAAGAGCCAAUCGAGGAAAACUUCCCACAGUAAAGCCAGCUCUCAUUCCAGAUCCAGUGGUCAUUCCAUUCUCUCUGGUGUGCAAGCUACUUCUGCACUCACAAGCAGUCAGGCAGCCAUGGUGGAUGAGAGAAUCAAGCAGAGGCAGUAUGACAACUUACGUCAGCAGAUAGAGGAGGACACGUUGGCAGAAAUAGAAUAUCAGAGGCUGCAAACACAAGCUAAAGAGGCUCAACGUGUUCAGGAAGAGGCUCUCAUGGCAAAGGAAGCACUAACUAACCAAUUAGAACGACAACGUAAGCUAAAAAAGGCAGAGACUGACCUAGAAGUGGCCAAACUGGUGAAUUCUUUGCUCAGCCAAGACUUGAGUGUGGAUGAUGCAGGUUCUGAAGGAUCCCCAGACACAACUGUGCCACCACCACAGUCACUUCAUGCCAGCCCAGUCCAGUCUCAUGUAUCUCCGCAAUCUCCCAGCCCUGUAUUGUCCAUGAUGCAAGCCACACAGACUGUCUCAGAGGCACAGAGCACAUCAAGGGGACCAUGCAUAGUUCAGUCACUCAAAACCCCUCCAUUGACAUUACAAGCAACUAUGCCAUUACUGGUUCCAGCUUACACCGCACAUCCAUUGUCCGCAUGUACAGUCACUCAAACCCAAGGAAGAUCACAAGUAGCACAUUAUGAGGAGAAUAUGUCACAUGUCUUGCAGCAGCCAAGCCCAGUCUCAAUACCACUACCUCCAUUCAACCCUGUGCAACAAGCAGCGACUCAGCUUGCGACACCAUACACAGGUAGUGUUCUGAUAUCACAGACUAGACCUCCUGUUGCACCCAUUGCAUCAACCUCACAUGUGAAUACUCCAUUACAAAGGCAAUCAGCCCCUCUUAUGAGUCAGAAUCAGCCUAUUCCAACCACUCAUCAUAGAGCACCUCUCUUAUCUAACACACCUAUCUGCCCUCAACCAUAUUCACCUCUACCUGUUCCUCAAGCUGGUUACAUACCUCAACCCGGGACAGAACUUCUGAUGGCAGCAGCCUAUGGCAUUCCUCGCCCCACACUACCAGUGUUUGAGAGUGGCACUGAAAGUGACUUUGCCUUGUUGAAGUUGGCCUUAGAUAAUCUCUUAAGUCACCAUACUCACAUCAGCGAGCAGUACAAAUAUCAAGUGUUGCUGAGUCACCUGAAAUUUGCUAGUGCCCAACAACUGGCUAAAGCAUAUAUGCACCACCCACAGCCAUACACCACAGCCUUGCAAGCUUUGCAGGAGAAGUAUGGCCAGCCCCGGCAGCUUGUGCAAUCUGAGUUAGGUGCAAUCAUGAGUACACCACCCCUUAAAAUGGGUGAUUCCAAUGCAUUUGACUCAUUCGCCUUAUCUGUCCAGUCCCUAGUAGGCAUGCUGAGAACACUGGAAGGUCAAAACGGUUAUGAGCUCAUGUGUGGUUCUCACGUAGACCGCCUUCUGAGUAAACUGCCACCAGCUUACCGAGACAGCUUCGUAGAAUACUGCCUGAGUCAUGGAAUUCUACAAACUGGUACAGACAGAACCUAUACUCUCCCCGACUUAGCAUCCUGGUUACAAACGAAGUCACAAGCUAAACGUAUCUCAAGCCGAGCAGCCGCUGUAUUUCAGUUCGACACUACAAAGUUAUCUGGGAAGAGUAAAUACACUCCAUAUCAUCGAGAGCGUUCAACACCAAUACUUCUGACAUCAGAGAAAUCUGUCAAGCCUUUUGCACCGGCACAGGUAAAAGUCAUUUCCAAGCCAAAGCCCUAUUGUCCUCAUUGCGACAACCAAGAUCACUGUGAUAAAUUCAAAAGGCUGACCACUGCACAGAUCAUCACCUGGAUCGCAGAGGGCAAACGCUGUUGGAAGUGUGGUCGGAAUCAUUCAGCUGACUCCUGUAACCUCAAGCGACCGUGUAAAAUCUGCAAAGAGCUUCACCUUACCGUGCUGCAUGACUCAAUUAAUGACACUUCCAGAGCAGUGCUUAUGGUAAGCCUACCAUCGACACAGAUCUAUCUAGAUAGACCCAACCGCUCACAGAAAGUCAUGCUUAAAGUAGUCAGAGUCCUCUUGCACAAUGGUGGCCGAACAAUGGAAGCUUACGCUGUCUUAGAUGACGGCUCUGAAAGAACUAUCGUCCUUCCCCAAGUGGUUCAACAGCUCAGGCUAAAUGGAGCUCCAGAAGUUCUUCCCUUGCAGACAAUCCACCAAAGCCAUACCAAACUUGAUGGGUCCACAGUAACCUUUGAGGUGUCUUCUCUCACCAAACCUACUGAGAGGUAUGUGAUUCGAAACGCAUUUACUGCCUCUGGUUUAAGCCUUGCUGAACAUACUUACCCUGUGGCAGCACUCCAGAAAGCAUAUCGCCACUUAAGAGGUCUACCCUUACAGCCAGUUGACAACGUCAAACCCUUACUCCUCAUAGGGUCUGAUAUGCCACACCUCCUGAUGCCAGUUCAGCCAGUGCGAAGAGGAGCAGAGAGCAGCCCCAUUGCCAUAUGUACCAAGCUUGGUUGGGUACUGCAAGGCCCAAUGUGUCCAAUUCAGCCCCCUAAAGGUCUGCAACAAUGUUUGCAUAUUAUGACAGCCCCAACACGUGACGAGCUGUAUCAGCAUGUUGAGCGCUUGUGGCAAGUUGACACUGUUCCAUACAAUGAAAAGGUCAUAACAAGAUCGAAACAAGACCAACAGUGCUAUAACCUUUUGCAGACUGCCACUGUCAGAGUGAACGUGGAUGGUGUCCUGCGGUAUGCUACUCCACUGCUGAGGCGCACUCCUAUCACUUUGCUUAACGCAGGGAUGGAGUCUGUGCUCCCCAGCUUAAGAAACAUUGAGAGAAAACUGGCCAAGAAUCCUGAGCAAGCACAAGUUUACUGUUCUGAGAUUCAAAAGCUUGAAUCAGCAGGUUACAUUGCUAAGAUAGCACCAGAUGAGGUAGACAAGUCCACAGAGUCGUGGUUCAUUCCCCACCACAUAGUGCACCACAAUGGAAAGGAUCGAAUAGUCUACAACUGUUCCUUCCAGUACCAUGGUCAGAGCUUGAAUGAACAACUCCUUCCAGGGCCAACACUUGGGCCAUCUCUGUUGGGCGUGAUCUUGAGGUUCCGGCAACAUGCAGUUGCAGUGAGCGGGGACAUAAAAGGCAUGUUCCACCAAGUACGUUUAUUACCUGUUGACAAAUCGGUACUGCGAUUCAUCUGGAGGAACAUGAACCAGGAAGCUCACCCAGACAUUUACGAGUGGCAAGUACUUCCCUUCGGUACGACCUGCAGCCCAUGCUGCGCCACUUAUGCUCUUCAGUAUCAUGCCCGAGAAUACCGACAUACCAUGGCUGGAUUAGUUGACAUUGUGGAGACCUCAUUCUAUGUGGAUAACUGCCUCCACAGUACCCCCGAUCAAGGUGAGGCCACGGCCAUAAUAGAUGGAUUGCGUCAGUCCUUGCUACAGGGAGGCUUUGAAAUCCGACAAUGGGCAUCCAAUGUGCCAUCCAUUCUCCGGCACCUCCCAUCGGAAGCCAGAUCAGCUAGUAGUGAGUGCUGGUUGUCUCAGAGUAGCACUGACCUGCAAGAACUUACACUCGGCUUACAAUGGAAUUGCCUCGACGACACCCUUGGGUAUAGAAACCGUGUAGCAGAACCUACUCAGCCCACUAUGAGGAACCUGUAUAAGACUUUGGCAAGCCAAUAUGACCCCUUGGGGUUCAUCCUUCCCUUCACCACGAGGGCAAAGACUCUGAUCCAGGAUCUCUGGAGACACAACCUAAGCUGGGAUGACCCUAUUGAACCCUUACAUCUGCGUGAGAAAUGGUCCACAUGGAUUGCAGAGCUUUCCAGUAUCACCAAACUACAAUUCCCUCGACCUUAUGCUCCUGGCAAGUCCGACACUCCGUCCACCGUCAGAGAGUUACAUGUCUUUUGCGAUGCCUCGGAGAGGGUAUAUGGAUCUGUCGCCUACCUUCAGGUCACCGACGAGAGUGAUGAAGUCCAUGUCACCUUUGUCCUUGCUCGAUCGAGAGUGGCCCCUAGGAAAUGUCUAUCUAUGCCCCGCCUGGAGUUGUGCGCGGCGCUCUCUGGAGCUCAGAUGGCCAAAGUCAUACAGACUGAACUUACCAUUCCCAUACACCAAGUCACAUACUGGACCGAUUCAACCACGGUGCUGCAUUGGUUAAAAUCAGAAUCUUGCCGAUACAAAGUCUUUGUGGGGUCCAGAGUAGCCGAGAUCCAGACACUGACAGAUGUUUCCAGAUGGCGGUAUGUUGACUCUGCUAGAAAUCCCGCUGACCACAUCACCAGGGGUCUUACUUUAGCGGAACUAGCUUGCCCCCACCAAUGGAGAUCCGGUCCUUCCUUCCUGACUCAACCACAGAAUAAGUGGCCAGCAUUACCCAGUACAGGAUCUGAACCAGACCUGAGUGAGAUGAAAAGAUCAUCCUUUGUUGGAGCAAUCACAGUUGUUCCCAGUCCAGUGCCUUUAGAUAUCAGUCAAUUCAGAACCUGGAAGGAGCUACUUCAAGCAACUGUGGAGUCCUGUGAUGGGGCGGCCAACUCUGACAACUCUUCUGAAGCCUCAAGGUAUAUACAGGCAGAGAAGCACCUGUUAGCACAGGCACAGCUUGAUUCAUUUCCAGAAGAAUUUGAAAGCUGGACAAUUCAUCUCGACGGACAGCCGAUUGAGGUCUCUCGCUCCAGAAUAUGA